GAUUAUUUUGAAUCGCGUUAAGUAUCAUUCGGUACAGUAAUGGGAAAAAUUAUAUUCGACUUUAAUACGUUAAAUAUAAACAAGAAAUUUAAAUGAGAAAAAAAGAAAAAUGUAAUUGCGUCGAUCAAUUCUAACCUCAUACAAGUAGUAGAUACGACGAUUAUCACUGGAGACUCGUUGCAAUACUGAACGAUAUUUGGUCAUCUUUUAAUCGUAGAAAAUUGUCCAGUACUUCGAAAAUACAAUUAAAUGAUCGAUGAGUAACGUCAUAGAAGUAGAAUUUGUUAGAUUCUUUAAAAACUUUGGAAGUAGAAUAUUCGACAUGUACGUUUUAUUUUGAAAUUACAUGAACAUUUAUGAAUGCAACUUCUCGCUUCUUCGAACACUUUGUUUACACUUUCAUGUACAGCAAUUAAGGAAAUGUUAAACUUUUGAGAAAUAAGUGUUGCUUGAAUUUUUUAGAGCAACUUACUUCUCCUUUCGUUUCUCUUGCUUUGACAGACGUGUUUUAAUUUUCUCGCUUCUCGUGGAAAAUACUCCAAAAGAGUUCGAUUUCCAGUCGCUCGAUGAUUAUCAUCGGUAGCGUACCCAUGAAUCUGAUUAAUUUUUCCAUUAAGAAUUUCUUUUCCUUGAAUACCUACAGUAUCAUAUCCACCACUGUUACAACACCGCUGCCACUGCCACCACUCUACACACAAACUAUUUUACCGUUGAAACUCAUCCGUCAUCGUGGCAAUUUAUGCUUUUCUAUUUUUCAUAGGAUGCAUUUCACUUUAUUUUAACCUUCUACGAAAAAACUCGCAGAUCUUGGUUGUUCGUCACGUAAAAAUAUUAUAUCAAUCUCAACUCGUACACACUAUAGAAAAGGUUCGUCUGUAAACAAUAACAGCUGUUCUUGUUGCACGCGCCAUUUUAUAAUCUGCCGAUUUCUUAUUUGUGUAUAUGUCGUGCGCUUGUUUGCAUAUGUUAGUUUGGCAUUCUUCCAUGCGUCGUCUCGUGUUUUGUCAGGCUGUAAUCUAAAUUUUUUUUUUGUAUACAUAUGUAUAUGUGUACACAAAAAAUAUUUACAUCAUGUAUAUAUUACAUUACCUAGUUAUUUACAACUAGAUGUAUAAAAUGUACGAUACGAUACAACACUGAUCGCUUGCCGUCUAUUAUUUACCUCUGUUUUCAUUCCCCCCGAUUUUAUUUCAGUGAUAAUCAAAUGUACAGGUAUUAUUAUAUACAGAGCUAUUAAAUACCACUUUAUUUAGUUUCGUUUUUCAGAUAGCAAUAUUUCAGCGAAUAACAAUUGAGAAACAGUUUUAAACAUCUUUCUGAUACAUCACCAAAAUUUAUUUUAUUACUGUGAUAUAAAUGUUAUUUUAAUCAAAACUUGAAUGUAAAUGUGAACAAUUUCCACGAUGUAAUAUGAUUUUAUCUACGAAACCUCGAAUUAUAAUUUCGAAUGAACGAAAAUUACAUGUUUCCCGGAAACCGAAAUUUAUCACAUUAUCGUUCCUCAGUCUGACAGUAAUUAUUUUCAUUAAAAUAUUCUGGCCUACAACAAACAACUAUCUUUAUCGAAUUAUCUUAUUUCUGGGAGAGAUCAUUUUUUGUUUAGACACAGUUGGAGAAUGUCAAGACUUAUUAUUAGACAGGGAUAAGGAUAUUGCUGUUAUUAAAAAAUACACUUGGCUGGACAAGUUAUGUUUGAAAACAGGGUGUAACUUUUGUACUGUAUUUAAACUAAGCAACAUCAGAUAUGUUGGAAUUUCAAUAGAGAUGGGUCUUUUCAUCCUGUGCAAAGAUGGGAAAACAAUUUCUGUGAAUAUGCAAGGUUUUACAAGGAAAGAACUGCAAGAACUUCGAAAAGAAAUAAAUUUCUUUUUGAGUGAAAAAUGAUAAUCAUGUUUUAUAAGUCUUUGAACAAUAUAAAGAAAAUCAGUUAUUAAUUUCACAAUUUUAACGGUAUAUGAAAGAAGGUAUGGACUUCCUUUACCUACAUUGUCAUAUACAAACUAUGAUUGAUUUUAUACAACAUAGGAUCUAAUAUUUUUUUAAUUAUUGAAUCAACAUAUAUUUAUGUAUGUAAGUACACAUGCUUAGGAAUUACUAUUGUAUUUUAUAAAUAUGUACAAUUAAACUUCAGUUUAGUAUAAUUGAGCGUUUAUCUAACUCUAAAUAAGUUACUUUUUACCAAGUAUCUCUGCACAUGCAGAAUUUAUAUCUGGAUAUUUGUACUCAAAUCCUAAUUUCUUAACGCGUUUUGGCAUAACUUUUUGUCCCUCCAGCAUAAUCUGAAAAGAAGUAUAGUAUAAUUGUCAAAAGCAAUAUUAUAAUAAUUUAAUGAAUGUCAUUAACUACUUUGUUACUAACUUUCGCACGUUCUUGGUUUAACAGGAUGUUCAGAACAGGGCGCGGAAUAGGAAGAAAUGCGGGUCUCCACAUUGUCGAUGCAAAUGUUUUUGUAAAUUCUUUGUUUGUUAUAAUCUGUUAAGAAUUUUUUUUAAAGUGAGUUGGCUUGUAAAAGUUUAACUCUGGUUGGUUUUAAAAUAAUUACCUGUGGAGCAACUCCAUUCAAUAUACCAUGCACAUUUUCUUCUCUAAGUGAAAAUAGAAACAUAUUGACUAAAUCUGUUAUGUGUAUCCAUGGCAUAUAUUGAUUUCCAUUAGCAAUUGGACCACCCAAACCCAUAAAAAAUGGCAAAUAUAUCUGUUUAAUCAUACCACCAUCUUUUCCUAAUACAACACCAGAUCUAAUUGUAAUCUGUCUAAUGUUGCUAUUUGGUGGUAUUUGUGCAGCUGUCUCCCAUUUGUGACAAAGUUCUGGCACAUA